AACCAGCUGGACUUCGCCCAUGCAUUCUGCACAGCAAGCUUCACUCGUGAUGUACAGAGAUUUAUCUCUAGAUGCAUCAAUGGAGUGAGCCACACUCUUGAACAGGUUUGGGCUGUAAAAAGAGGAAAUGGAAAAAAAGAGCAUUUUGCGGAGGGCUCAGUCUCUCAAGACUGUUUCUACUGAUCAUAGCCUAACCUGGACUGAAACUGGACCCAGAGACAAAAGUUUCAGGAAGUCUGUCUCUCAGCUUGUGGAACAAUAUCAAAACUCUCCUGGCAGUAAAACAAAGACAGUUCAUUCAGGCAACAUAAACCAUGAGUUCAGUCUGCAGAUCACACCAAUCUCUGCUGGUGCUGAUGGCACACCGGAGAUAUCAGUGAAGUCGUCAGAUAUCAGCGAGAGGUCCAGUAUCUCUCCUCUCUCCCGCAGUAAAUCCAUGGACAGUCUCCCUCAACGCAGACCUGCGGGGACCACGGCUCUCAGAGCGCUGUUUGAGUCAAAGACCCAACCUCAGUUCAGGAUCAAAAACCUAGCAAAUGAACCAGUGGGCUCUGAGAAAGCGCACACACUUCCUAUUAACAACAUAACAUCACCGAUAGAAGCAGAAAUUAACACUAGUCAUGAUGACAAACAAGAUGAUAUGACUGAAGUGGAUCAAAUGACUUUAAAGGAUGCGAAAACGUAUCCGGAAACAUCCCAAUCUGAAAGAAGAAAGACAUUUUCUGGCAUUCAUACUGAAAAAAGAUCAUUUCCAGAGGAGAAUAAAAGAAGGACGGUUGGAGACUUUAGAGACAGCUCGGAUCUUUACGGACGAGAGAUAUCCUCUAUUUCUGUCAAAGCUUUGUCUGCACUAUAUCUGUCAAAAGUGGCAGCUGCAGAGUCUGCGGGAAACCUCUUCAAGCCAGAACAAGAUCCUAAUUCCCCAAUUGGAAAAAGGAUAAAACCAGUCAGGAUGGCCGAACAGAACAUCUCCAAACAAGCUCAUCCCAUUACAACUGAAAAAGAUGAUGCACUUGAAUUAAAUCCACCAAAACAUCAUUUGGAACCCAGCACAGAGGAAUGUGAGCGACCCUUCACUUCACCGCCCCCUACAAGAGAAACUAUGUCCAAUAUUCACCAACAGCGAAAGAAGUGCGAGCUUAAACGACUGCUAAAACACACAUGUCCUGAGCUGAAAAACAUAGACAGCUUGGUAGACAAGGAGAUGGCUGAUAUUCUUAACACUGACCCAGAUAAUGACACUGGAUACCAAUGUGAGGUUCAGUCCAGGCGCUGGUUAUUUGAGAACCAGGCAAUCAACUCAGCUGAUACACAUCAGAUCAAGGGGGAUUUUCAGGACGGUGACAUCAAGAGAACAUCUUGGUUGUCUGAAGAACCCAACAAUGAAGAGAACAAAUCGCAAACUAUCUUUCAGACUCAACCCAAUGAAGAGGAAGUCACAUCAGAGCAGAGCAUCAGGGUGGAUGUUAAAGCCACACGCAGAAUGUUUGAAAUUCAAUCGGUUGAUACUUUGAAAGACAGCCAAAGUCUCUGUCCAAAAAGAAAUUUUGUCUCGGUGGAGCAAAAUAGAUCAGACCAGAAACCAAAGAAUGAUUCUGAGACUUCAACAUUUAAUAAUCUCCAUAGUGAUGUGAAUUUCACAGAUACAAGUGAGGUAUUUGUAGGUGUAUCUAGAGUCAAACAAAUCUUUGAAAACAGGUCACAUGAUGAGGAAAACAUUUCAACAUCACUUGAAAGUUUAAGCAAAGAGGAAGAAAUGCUGAAGGCCAAUGUAAGAAAUAGAGCUCAGAUGUUUGAAUCUACUCCCUUUGAUAAGAUCAAUCAACAAACUAAGGAAGAAUCAGAAACUAUGCUGGAGAACAUUCAAGAUACUCUCAUAUCAUUGUGGAACUUCAAUAUGCUUGAAACCGAUGGAUCCAUUCUUGAAUCUAACGAAACCGGGCAUGUGAAGAAAGCAAGGUAUAAUCUUAUAAAAGAUUCAAGACCAGAAGUUCAUGAUGAGGAGAUAGUGACUGGAAGUAUCAAGAACACAAUGCUUCAAAUGCUGCCAGGAACCAACCUAAACCCAAUUGUAACCUACCUAAAAGAAGAUAGUUUGGGUAACGUUGAGAUUCAGAAGGUAUAUGUUCCAACUCAUCAACUUCCAUUCACCGUACUUCAAGAUAAAGACUGCAGAAUUGCAAAUGUGGUCGAGGUUACCGAAGAGCUUCUCGGUCAGGAGAAGUCCCUGAGGAAAGGAGUUUUAAUACAAGGUGCAACAGAAACAAGAGAGAUAACAGUGUAUGCUCUUUUCAGCCACAGUGAGGAAAACAUAGGGGUGGUGGAGGUGAGGUCCAUUCCUUCAAGUCAAACAAAAAAUCUAGAGCCUGAAAAAGAGAAUCUCAAGAUAAAUUUUAGUUGCCCAUCUGAGGCUAUAUGGGACAAUUCUUUACCAAUAAACCUAGGAGCAAACAAAACUAUGAAUGUGCAACUAGUUGGGAGCUGCAUUGAGGAUGGAGAUCUUGAUCAUUUAAAACAUUUACAAAAAACACUAUCAGAUGAAGAUAUAAGUGCUUCAUCUGAGGAAAGAGAGAAAUCAAUUGAGAUUAUUCCAGGCAAUGUUAAAAAUAUCAAAGCCCUUUUUAAUACCAAUUCAGAUACAAGCUUGAGUCUGGAGUCUGCUGAGAAAAAAGGGUUAAGUGUUAUAAAAGACAAAACUAAUAAAAAAGAGGAACCAAUGCAAACUAAAGAUGAACAAUGCUGUAAAAUGAAUCUGAAUAAAGAAACAAUCCUGCAAGAUAUUGAAGAUGAUGGAGCUGUGCUUCAAGCAGAGCUGGUUGACGUUGUGGAAGAUGACGAGUUGCUGAAUCUACAAACAGCAAUCAUGAAUCUUCAGCAGGCCACAAUGGAGGCGAAGGCUCUUCAGCAGAGUGUAGAAGCAAAACUUCAAACUUCUUCUCCAACCAACCAAACCCAACAGAUCAGCGCCCCUGGUUCAGCGAGCCAUGAGGUAAUAGAGGUCAAGAAGGACAGUAAAGUAAAUGAUACUGAAGAGCCCUCACAAAUCUCCAAAACAGAGCAAGAAGAGGAAAAUGAAGAUGUGAUGAGAGGAAGCAUACAAGCAGCACUUGAAUCUUUAGGAAAGUCCAACGUUAAUGUCACAAAGGGAGAUUUUCGAGCUGCAAUGAUUUAUCGGAAUUCAGGAAAGGCAUAUGCAGGACAGAAAAAGGGGAUAGAUGUAGAUCAGCCAAGUGAUAGGACUGUUCUGGAAACUACAACAAAACGUGCUGCAUCUUCUGGGCCUCAAGUUGAACAACAGGUUCUUAAAGGAUCAGCUGAGGGAGUUGACACUGCUUCUUGUCUAAGGCCAUCUGAAAACAAACCACUGACAAAACAAAUGCAUGUUUCCACAGAUGCUCCCCAAAAAACACGUAAAACUCCCAUUGGACCCAAGCCAGCAAUUCCACCUAAACCAGAUCAUUUAAAAAUUAAGCCCAUCCCAAAUGCAAAUGACACUGAUGUAAACCGUAUCAACAACAAAGUCAUUGCUCCCUGUUCAAAAUCUAAUGAGGAAAUUAAAGAAGCCUCAUCAGGCCCAGGCCCAAUGUCUUAUAAAGAUGUCCUCUGCAAGAAUUUAGAGGACAGUGGGGAUGCCCGUCAAUCUGAAUCGUGUGAUACAUCAAUGUUCAAAGUUAUUGAUGGUCAAACACAAGAAAAACUCAAUCCCACACAGGUUCUUGAAGAAUCGUCAAAGAGCAUUGAAGAAAGUGAAACAUCAGUAGGACUUCAUGCUACGCUUCAAAACUUUGGAGCAAAGGGAGGUGUGUCAGUAGCACCAGUAAAGCCUAAAAGAAUCAAAAUGGCUAAAGAUCAUGUGAAGGACUCCACAGAGAACAUGAACCACUCUGAAGUUCAGCAUGUUGACAUCACAACACAGUGUAACAGCUCCUUGAGUGAGGACGAUAAAUGUGAUGGUCAACAAAAGAGUGAAGUUAUCAGAAGAGAAAAGAAAACCAGAGGAGAAACUGAAGAUGAAAGAAGGCAGAGGCUCUCGGUGCACAUGGACGAGAUCAUAAAGGGAAACGUCACGGCAGUCAUGGAGAUCUUCGACAACCUGAAGAAACAAGAGGAACUGAAAAACAUACUUUCAAAAGUAGAGGAAAUCGAAGAAGAAACCAACGAAGUUAACGUGAGCUCUCUUAAAAACAUUUUCGAGAGCAUGCCGGAUUGGGUUGUGCCACAGGAGGAGAAAACUAACCCUAAAAUCGUCAUGCAGGAGCAUAGAAGAGCUGCAUCAGGUACUCCGGUGGAACCUGAGAUGAUGUCCUCCAUGCAAGUGGCUUUUGGGGACCUAGAAAAAGCUGGGGCUGAGAUUAUCCAUUUGAAAGAGCAAACACUUGCGAGACUUAUGGAUAUAGAAGAAGCUAUUAAAAAGGCCCUUUACUCAGUAUCGACUCUGAGAUCUGAUUCUGACAUCGUAGGGCUUUCUGGUCUCUUCAGGGAGUCGAUGGUGGAGGUGCAAGGGUCACCCACUUCAGGUAACAUAAGAAAAAUCAGUAUUGGGUCAAGCAAAUCACCAAAGGCCCAAAACCAGAAUGGACAGCCAACAAGACCAGGGACAUUUAAUUCAAGGCCGGAUCUUUUUAUUCCCACAACCAAACAGAGAUCAACAUCCCCAGCAUCUCCUUCAUUCAUUUCCAUUCAAUCUGCAGCAAGAAAACCUGCAGAGGUGCCGAUGCCUUCAACAUCUCAGAUAAAUCCCCAAAAAGCAGAAACAAAGGAAAAGGCCAAGCACCAGUGUUGCUGUAAUGUAUCUUCAGAUCGCAGGCAAUGUGCCGUCGCGAAAGAGGUCUCCUUUAGCCCUGCGAAUCAGAGACGACAGGUCAGCGUUCUAGAAGUGCAAACAGCACCCGAAAAAGAGAGAGUUUUUGAUACGAGAACUAUCAGUGAGAAUUACGAGAGGACGGACUGCUUCGGUAACAAGUUCUACUCUUCUAAAACAUCCACGGUUGUCACAACUCAACCCGAAACCAAGAGAACUUCAAAGAAGUUUAUAACGACAAGUCCUGCAACAUCUGAAAUAGUCACAUACCCAACAAUCAACACACCUUUAAUCAGCGACGACCAGCCUUCACUAUAAAUACUAAUGCGUGUACAGUACAGUCAUUGAAAUGUUAGCCCUUUUCUGCUUGAGGUUCUAUUUUGUAUUUUAAUUCUUUAUGAUGAUUUUUGUGAUUGAAUGUUUUUUUUAAAUGAUGACUUCUUUAAAGUGAUAGUUCACCUAAAAAUGAAAUUAAGCUGUUUAUUUACUCACCCUCAGGCCAUCCAAUAUGUUGGUGACAUUUUUUCUUCAGUAGAACAAUAAAUAAGAUAUUUUACAGAAA